AUGCAGGAUUACGUUGACUUGCAGUCUGUUCAGAAUACAUUCGGAUUGGGAGAGAAUGAUGUUUCGUUGUCUACCGAGUUUAGAUGUGCAUUUUAUGUUCAUGCUCCUGUCCGGAAGGGCAGCAUGGCCAGUCGUCAUGAGCCCAAUGCAGCUGCUGUAAAGUCUCGGACUUUACAUUCCACAAAACCAUCGACAACUCAUGUCCGAAAAGCGACAUCUUUGAAAGACAUUGGCUUGCAGCAGUCCAUCUCAGCCUGUGCUGCAUGGUUUGUACGAUACGGUCCAAACCAUCUGCAAGUCAGCACUGUUGUUGGUAGCAAACAUAUCCUUUUGGCUUCUCUUUCUGUCGAACAGCUUUCUGAUGGAGAUUCCAAUGCUCUUGAAAUAUCACUCGUUACUCAUGUGCGGCUUGGACUUUUGGAAUUCUUGCUCAUUGCUGUAAAAGACACUCGCUCAAGAGAUACCACGCUCUGGCUAUUCGAGCCAUUUUCUCUACAUACUCUCAAAGUCCCAUUUGAAUUUGAUUCAAGCGUACAGUUCACUGCACUGGGAUCAACAAAUGCAGAGAUCGUGGAUUCCCAGUGCUGCAGCUACAUUGUCGUUGGAUCUGUGGCCAGAUUCUUUGUUGGUACAAUUGUUCCAAUGUCCCCUCCUGGAGUUCAAGUAGAUACAUUUGGGAAACUGCUUACUACUCAUCUUACUGGACCACUGAAUGCUACCGUUACCGCAAUUAGUACAUUUAGUUCUUCUACGCAUGAUGCUCCACUUUUUAUCAUUGGCACUUCUAAUGGCGGAGUGGAGAUUUGGGCAAUGAAAACAGAGGAGACUAUGGAACUAGUUUACACUAUCAAGUCAGCAUGCUUUUCUGCAAUCAAGUUUGGAAGGGGCGUCAAUGGAGAGGGAUGUAAGCUUUUUACAGUAUAUUUGCAGGAAUCACUUUUCCACUUGCAAAUUCACAAGCUGUCUGAAGAUGCCAUUCAUUUGAUUGUUGAAGAAACCUUGGCAACUGGAAAAUAUGGCACUAUUCAAGAUAUUGAGCCAUUGGGAUCCACUUCCAAUUGUAUGAUUUUGUCAUUAGAUAAAGUCGGCAAGUUUGUUGGAGAUCAUAAUCCACCAUCUGAGCGCGAACAUGAUUAUCCUCAUUACAGUGACUGGCUAUCUCGUGAUCCCAAACGAUUCCCUUAUAGUCGCGAAACUUCUCAAGCUAUUCUUACCCAUCGCUGCAAAAUGGAUAAUGAGCUGUUUAUUGACAAGCUUCUUUCACUAUUUGGAAUCAAUGGGCCCGCUGUCUAUCCUCCAUCAGAUGCAGCUGAACUGGAGUUGUUGUUUGAUGAUGUUUUGUCUUGUGCUAAUAUGGCGUUGAUGCCAAAGCACUGUGUGAUUUUUUAUUUGCUACUGGAUUGUGGGACUAUUGCUUCCGAGUAUGCUUGUAUGUGGGGCAUCACGCAGCCUUUUUUAACUUCUAUUCGAGGAUACUGGGCUAUGGAUCAUGGCCAAUUUGAGACUGGAUCUUUGCUUUUGUCUGAUCCAUCAAUUGAAUUGGACUGGGCACCAAAGAUUCUCAAAACCCUCGUUGGCUAUCAGCAAUUUACACUGGCGUACCAGUUUAUUCAACGAGUCCGGUCAUCCAUUUGGUCAAUGACUGAUGUUGAGUUGCAAAUGGAGAUUCUAGUCAAUACUCAUUUUGAUGAGGCCAUGUCGUUUCAACGAAAGUACGCUCCUGCACUUCAGAACCAACGUCUUUUUGCAUACCUGAUUGAGCAUACCUUUUCUACAUCUCCAAAUGCAUCCGAGUAUCGUAAACGUUUGCUAGAUAUUACUCUGUUGCCAGAUGAAGAAUCCUGUGUUAUUUCCCAAUGCCGUUCAAGAGCUAGUGCACUUUAUGUCGAUUUUCUCAUUGCUUAUUAUUUGAAUCGUUCAAGAUAUAGCGAAGCUAUCCAUAUAUAUGACGAAUUCUUUGGCAGUUCAUCUGCUCUUCAAGAUGAAAAGAGUGCUGCUAGAUGUGCCAUGAUUGACAAUGUUCGCUUGGUAGUCUCUCAGGUUCAACGAGCGUCAUUGGCUAUUAGUCGCGAAACCUCCCAUCAUAUGCCUCGUUUACUUUCUGAAACAACUAAACCCCUUUCGCUUAUGAUAGCUACCUCAAACGCUGCUGAACCAGUUGAAUCUCAUACGAUUGCAGCUAGUUCUAUGUCAAAUGACGUGUCCAUUCAAAAGGCUUCUUUGACUGUGGCUACUCCAGUUCCAACUCCUAUAGCUGCCAAAUCCUCUCCAUUAGAGCGCAUGCAAAGUACUCCAUUUAAAAACAGUCCAUCUUGCAAUUCGGUUCUUCGUGCUCUUCACGAAAACCAUUUACAAAACAGCGAGACAGCCAUACAAUCUGCUCCAACAAUGGCUGAUUGGCAGCCUGCAGAACCAGAUUUCAACACAACAAAAGACAGUUUCAGUAUGAUACUGAAUACAUCUGAUUCAUCUGAUUCAACUCCACUUGCAAUCUCAGAUUCACUGAUUGCGUCUGUCAGGUCUACCCAAUCCAACCAUGUUUUUGCGAUUCCUCAAUCAAUUGAUCGAUCAACUCCACUACCAACCGAUCGUUCUACACCUAUUUUGACUGGAAGAUCUUCUAUUGAUCGGUCGACUCCCGUAAUGAUCCAUCAAACUCGAUCAGAAAUAAUGCCAUACUCCCCUAAACCAUCUCCACCGUUUACACGACCUCCUAUAUCACCACGUAAUGCUUCAACUAGCUGCGCUUCGCUAACUAGUCCACAGUAUCAGCUUUCAAACCCAUCUUUGAAAUCUCAGACUUAUUCAUCGCCUGUUAUUGUUGGCACUCAGCCAGCUACUGUUUUGACCACUGAUUCUGUUUAUGAGGUUGAUGGCUCUUUUGUACCCUCGUUGCCAGAUACACAUGUGCGCACUCCAGUACAGAUGGAACAGCGCGUCGGUACUUUUGAAGACAGAUCUAGUUUGAGUGGAAUGCGACCUGCAAGAGUUAUAUCGUCUCCAAGGGGAACUCCUGUUGGGUCAAGUGAUGUUAAAUUGACCAAUAAUUCGCCUUUUUCUCAGCCAGAUAUGCAACACUCGACACACAUGCAUUUGGUAUCUCCAGCAAUCAUGGCUACAAUUAGAAAGGAAAGUCCCUUGCAUGCCAACGUCACUCCGGUGUCUGUCCGCCGGUCAAAGCGUCUUCCAAUGGCUGCUCAUUCCCAGUCAAAUCUCAACUUGAACCAGUUUGCAUCUGAAGCAAACUCGGGUGUGAAUGUGCAUGGCGAGGGAAAACAUCAAGAUGCGGUUGCUUCGUUGCGAAAAUCUGCUAGAAAACAGUCCAAAAAAACAGGAGUGGAUUUGCUUUCAUACAAAACCAACACACCAAGCAGUGGAUCUACCCGACUUCAGCGAAAAGUGGUUUCGGGGCUACUCGAGGAUGAAGAGAAUAUUCCAGAUGCGUCUCAAGUGGAAUCUUCCAGGUCAACAACGACAACUCGGCGAACUCCUAAACGAACUGUAUCUCGAUCUAACGACGUCGCUUCUGUGUUACCUACAACAUUGCUUUCAGAUGUGGUGUCUGAUGCAGAUAUUCAUGAAUCGGCUCCCCGUGGCCGUACUACUCGAGCUCGCGCAGUAGCAGCUUCAACUCCCAUUUCUGCCUCGACUCUAAUAAGCACCCCUAAAAAAACUACACAGUUUGUUCGCACAUUACGUGCACCACCCAAGCAGCUUCGUAACGAUAUCAUGAUGCUGGACAAUAUUCCUGCUAUGCCUGAUUCACUUUCAGAUUCCCGUCAUAAACAGUCUACUCUCCCUGCAGAAUUAUCAGAUGACACCAAUGCAAAUAUGGGUAAAUCUAAGCCAGAGCGACGCCAAACACCUCGUAAAGUUAAAAAAGCAGGCAUACCUUUAAAUGAAAACAGUGAAACGUCGACCCCACAACGCACUGUUGUUACUCGCAGAAUGGCUAGUAGAGGUUAGCCAUAUUUAAUGGGUUGUCGACUUGAUUCAUUUUUGGUAAUAAAUAUUCUUUAAUAUUGACCCUAAAUGUUCAAAUCAAUAGUCUGACACUACCUGUUCAGCACAAAUAAACACCUGCAUUACUAUAACCUG